AUAUGUUAAUUUAGCAGCGGAAGUGUUGAAACAGAUGUGACAGUUCAGUGCGUGUAAUCAACAGCGGAGCUUCAAAGAAACAAUGUUACAGUUACAUUUCACGAAUGAUACAUUACCCGACAGUGUCAGCAAUGAUUUUCAGAAUCUGAAUAAGUUCUGGGAACAGCAGUUUGUGAGUCUGACAGAGAUCUUAUAUCAGUUCCUGCUAGAGCCAAAAGAGUCGGAGCGGUUCUUGCACCAGUUGAUGGAGUUUGCUGGAGAGAAUGGGAUGAGUGCAGGGCCUUUGAGGGGUCUGAUGAAGAGUGUCCUCCUGCUACUUCAGGGUGCUUUAAAAAGAAACCUGACAGCUGAACAGGUGAAGGUGGACUUGCUUUCAUUAGGAUUAAAUGAGGACAAGGCCAGUUAUUUUUCUGACCAGUGGAGAGUCCACUACCCUGUUUUGUUCAGAUUGGCAGUGGGACAGACAUUGAUGGUCAACCAGCUUGUUGACAUGGAGUGGAAAUUUGGUGUUACUGUUGGUACAAGUGAUCUGCAAAAGACUGGAAACAUUUUUCUACAGCUUAAGCUGGUAGUCAGAAAAGGAAACACAACAGAAAAUGUGUACAUGGAGCUGACUUUACCCCAGUUCUAUAACUUCCUUCAUGAGAUGGAGCAGGCCAAAGCCAGUAUAGAUUGUUUCAGUUAACUGGUUCAUGCCAGUGAGGAUUCUCUGUUCACCAGUUAAGAGACGUAAUGAUGUUCCUUUACUGCAGGGGUGCAGCUUCCUCAUGAAAUAUUUCAAGAAGAAACUGAAAUAGUUUAUUGAUCUUGCAUAGUUUAUGUGAUUAUUUACAUCUGUGUGUGUGUGUUCAGGUAUACAGUAUUUGGUUUACGGGGACUAUUCAUUAGCACUAUUCUAGAUUAUAAACAUGUAAUUAUGCUACAAACCAAAAGGCUUAAAAAACAUACUAAACAAUGUUUUUUUUUUGAAAAUGCAGAACGUUUUCUGUGAGGGUUAGGUUUAGGAGUAGAGUUAGGGUUUAAGGGAUAGAAUCUAUAGUUUGGUCAACUAUAGACUAUUGUGUCAUUUUGGUUUUCAGUGGCAUUGCAUAUAUUGUAAUUUUUACAUUAAAGGUGCAAAAAGUCUGAAA